CCAACAGGAGAGGAGAGGAGAGGAGGUUGUGUGGUUAAGCUGCUCCUGACUGAAGGAUGUCACAGUGGAGCCUGUCCUGGCUGGGCCUGGGGCAGCUGGCCGCCUCCCCGUGGCUGCUCCUGUUGCUGGCCGGGGCCACCUGGCUGCUGGCCCGCGUCCUGGCCUGGAGCCACCGCUUGCAUGACAUCUGCUGCCGCCUCCGGUGUUUCCCGCAGCCCCCAGGACGGAGCUGGUUUUGGGGCCACGUGGGCCUGGUCCCCCCCACGGAGCAGGGCUUGAGGGUCAUAACUCAGCUGGUGGCCACGUACACCCAGGGGUUUAAGUUGUGGCUGGGCCCCACCAUCCCCCUGGUCGUUUCUUGCCACCCUGACAUGGUCCGGAGUGUCACCAGUGCCUCAGCUGCCAUUGCGCCUAAGGACUUUGUCUUCUACAACUUCCUGAAGCCCUGGCUGGGGGAUGGGCUUCUGCUGAGUGCUGGUGACAAAUGGAGAAGCCACCGCCACAUGCUGACACCUGCCUUCCACUUCAACAUCCUGAAGCUCUAUAUGAAGAUUUUCAAUGAUAGCGUGAAUGUCAUGCAUGCCAAGUGGAAACGCCUGGUGUCAGAGGGCAGCACCCAUCUGAACAUGUUUGAACACAUCAGCCUCAUGACCCUGGACAGUCUGCAGAAAUGUGUCUUCAGUUUUGACAGCAAUUGCCAGGAGAAGCCUAGUGAAUAUAUUGCUGCCAUCUUAGAGCUCAGUGCCCUUGUGGCAAAACGGCACCAACAGAUCCUCAUGCACACGGACUUCCUGUACUACCUCACUCCAGAUGGACAGCGCUUCCGCAGAGCCUGCCGCCUGGUGCACAACUUCACAGAUGCUGUCAUCCAGGAGCGGCGCCGCAUUCUCUCUGAUCAGGGUGUUGAUGACUUCCUCGAGGCCAAGGCUAAGACCAAGACUUUGGACUUUAUUGAUGUCCUCCUGCUGACCAAGGAUGAAGAUGGAAAACAAUUGUCAGACAAGGACAUCCGAGCUGAAGCUGACACAUUCAUGUUUGAGGGCCAUGACACCACAGCCAGUGGCCUCUCCUGGGUCCUGUACAACCUUGCAAAGCACCCAGAAUACCAGGAACGCUGUCGGCAGGAGGUGCAAGAGCUCCUGAGGGACCGUGAGCCUCAAGAGAUUGAAUGGGACGACCUGACCCAGUUGCCCUUCCUGACCAUGUGCAUCAAGGAGAGUCUGAGGCUGCAUCCCCCGGUUAUAGUCAUUGCCCGCUGCUGUACCCAGGACAUCAGGCUCCCAGAUGGCCGGGUCAUCCCCAAAGGUGUUACCUGCCUCGUUAAUAUUUUCGCGACCCACCACAACCCAUCCGUGUGGCCAGACCCUGAGGUAUACAAUCCCUUCCGCUUUGACCCAGAAAACAUCAAGAAGAUGUCGCCCUUGGCUUUUAUUCCCUUCUCUGCAGGCCCCAGGAACUGCAUUGGGAAGACGUUUGCCAUGACCGAGAUGAAGGUGGUCCUGGCGCUCACGCUGCUGCGCUUCCGGGUCCUGCCCAACGAGGAGGAGCCGCGCCGGAAGCCAGAGCUCAUCCUGCGCGCAGAGGGUGGACUUCGGCUGCGCGUGGAGCCGCUGAGCUCGGGCCCCCGGUGACCCGCCAGCUCGUGGCUUGGGAUCCACCCAGCACCUACACGCCUCGCUUUGCAGAAUCCCAGGAAUAAAACUUUGAGGUCUCCUCUGCCCGAGCCUCAUCGAGAGCCAGCAGGGGGCGCUUGGGACCUGAUGGAACACUAGGGUCGGGGAGGCCGGGUGGAGAGGAGGCUGGUGUCUGAGCCCAAGACCCUGACAGUCUUUCCAGCUGACCACAGGCCCCCAUGUUGAUUGCGGGUUCUCCCAGAAUCCAACCCUGUGGUCACUCCAGAUUUCCAAAGAACAGACAGAAAAUAGAACAAAGAAAAGCAUGCUAAAACUCUAA